AUGGGGAAGCCAAAUGAACUAAGAUAUAUAAUGGGCUUAUUAAAUAAAAGGGUAUGGAAUAAUAUAAAUAACAAACAAGUAAGAUUUUUCUCUAGUGACAAUAAUUCAACAGCUAACAAUUCUAUAAACGUAAAUAGAUAUGUUAAUGGUAAAUCUGAUCAAGCCCAAACAAAUGAAUUAAAAAGGUUUUCAAUAUUUCGAUAUGACUCACAAAACAACAAGAGACCUAGAAUGCAAACAUUUGAAGUAGAUAUAGAUAAUUGCGGCCCAAUGGUGUUAGACGUAUUAAUAAAAAUUAAAGACGAAAUUGAUUCAACAUUAUCCUUUAGAAGGAGUUGCAGAGAAGGUAUAUGUGGAAGUUGUGCAAUGAACAUAAAUGGGAAAAAUGGAUUGGCUUGUUUAACAGAAGUUAAUAAAAAUAAAAAUGAAAUAACAGAGAUACACCCACUACCAAAUUUAUAUAUAAUGAAAGAUUUAGUGGCAGAUUUAACAAAUUUUUAUAAUCAAUAUAAAUCAAUUGAUCCAUGGUUAAAAAGAAAAACAAAAAAAGAAAAAGGUCAAAAAGAAUUUUAUCAAUCUAUUGAAGAUCGAAAAAAAUUGGAUGGACUAUAUGAAUGCAUCAUGUGUGCAUCUUGCUCAACAUCAUGUCCAUCUUAUUGGUGGAACCCUGAAUAUUAUCUUGGACCAGCUACAUUAAUGCAAGCAUAUCGUUGGAUAGUUGAUUCAAGAGAUGAAUAUACACAAGAACGUUUAAUGGAUAUAAAUGAUACCAUGAAAUUAUAUAGAUGUCAUGGAAUAAUGAAUUGCUCAGUAUGCUGUCCUAAAGGUUUAGAUCCAGCAAAAGCUAUAAAACAUAUGAAGGAGCUAGUACAAGAAAAUUUUUCUAAAGAUAAUAUAAAAGUUCAUGCCAAUUACAUCAAAGACAAAAUGGAAAACGCAGAAAAAUCAAUUGACAAAGAAAAAUAA